UGCAAUUUCUUCGCGAUUUUGCUACAUUUACCUCGACAGUUCAUCCAGUGAUUUUUGACAUCAUUGAAUCAUGCCGAGAAGUAAAACUGUUAAUGUGAAGGAGAUUUUACAAGAAGAUGAUGACAUUCAAUAUCCAGAUUCAGAAAAUAUUGAAUAUGAUGACGAUGAUGACGAUGUUGUUUAUGAAGAUGAUGAGGAUGUUAAUACUGAUGAGGACCAGGACGAGAACUGGGAACAGGAUGAGAACGGGGACGAGGACGAGGACGAGGAUGUUAAUGCUGGCUUGGUUAAACCGACAGGCAAAGGGAAGAAGAAGCCGGGAGUCAUGGAGAAGAAAGUAAUGGUUAAGAGUGAGUUGGUUGAAAUAAAAAUCAAAGGGAAGAAGGCAAGGAUUAAGGCUGAGGUUGAUGCUAAUGUUCCUGUUGAUGCUGAAAAUGAUGUCCAGAUCUUGGAUGGGGGUUGCAGUACUUCAAACUUGACUACCCAGUGUAGACCAACUGCUUUGUUAGCUGUCAUAGAAACAUUCAAUUCAAAUCAAAUUAAGUCUGUUUCAGAAAUUGGAUUCGGUUGGUUGUUAUCUUUACCUACGCAAACUUCUAAGUUAGAUACAACAUUAUUUCCCUGGUUGAUUGAUCAUUUUGAUCCUGUUAGUUGGUUGUUUAAAAUUGAAGCUGGAAAGGAAUUCAUAUUUAGUCCAUGUGAUGUGCAUGAUGUGUUUCUUCUCCCAUUACAUUCUGACAAUCCUAUUGUAGAUAGCAGCACUAGGACUAAGGAUGUAGGUUUGAAAAAUCAGUGGAGAGACUACUUUAAAGUUAAAAAAAAUGCAACCAUUCCAUUGCGUCUGUUGGAGAUUAAGAUGGGUGAAUUAGUGGAAGGUGGAGAAAUGUUCAAGCGAAUAUUUGUGAUGUUUGCAUUCUCUGUUUUCUUAGCUCCUAUAGCUAAUAGGACUGCUGAUUUGGGUUUAGUUAAAGUUCUUGAGGAUGUAGAUGAAAUAAAGAAUCUUGAUUGGUAUGGAUAUGUCCAUGAGAGACUUUGUCGGGCUAUUAGGAAGCAUAAAACUUCAGGCUGCCAGGGUAACGUUGGUGGUUGUUUAUGGGUUUUACAAGUUGUCUAUUUUCAUCGCCUUCAAUUUAGAGGCAUUGCAGAGAGUUGUAGUCUUCCGUUGAUGAAGCAUUGGUCUGGUACUAAAAUUCAUGAAAGGCUUGUUUUGGAAAAGGAUUCAGCUUGCUUUGGCAGUGGUUUAUUAAAUACAGUGACCUACCCUGUUUGUCAAAAGUUGGGUUUUGAAGAAGGUUUUGCCAAGAUUUGUGGUAGGCAUGAUGCUGUGAACGAUGAUGAGAACCAUAUACGGUUCGUCAUUCCUGAUGGGCAAUUGUCAAAUUCAGCAAUUCAAUCAAUUUCAACUGAUGAAAUGCAUGCGGAGUUUUUGAGAAUGAAGAGGAACUUGGAAAUUGUUUCAAAUUUUCAUUUGAAACAACUUGAAGCUGUAGCAGCACUGAGGCGACGUUCAUCUCCAUCGCUGCCGGAUGAUGAUUUGGAUCCAAGGUAUUAUGCCAUGAUGCAAGAAUUGGCUGAGAUGGUAGUUUCAGUUCAGUCUAUGCCAGGAGGUUUGGAGAACAUAUAUUGUGAUGGAAAACCUAAUGCUAUACCUCAAGAUGAUAGUCCAAAUAAAAAGAUCCAAGGAGUUCUUGAUGAAAUUAAUGUCAAUGAAACUGCUAACAAGACUGCUGUACAGUGUGAAGAACCUCGUAUUGUUGAUGCUACCACUGAUCCAGCUCAGCAGACCAAUCAAGGCGCAACUUUGGAGGUUGAUGUACAGCCAAGCUUAUCUGAGCAGCUGGUUGUACCUCUUCCAAUUGUUGAACCUCUUCCAAGUGUUGAACCUCUUGCAAGUGCUGAAACUGCUCCAAAAGAAUUAAAAGUUUACGAGCCUACUGUCGGUUAUCAUUCCAUUAUACACUCUUCUUUCACUGAUGGCAAGCCUAAAAUUGGAAUUCCAUGUGGAAAGGUUAACACUGAACCAUUCCUUGUCGGACAUUUCAUGCGUUUCUACAAGAGGAACAUGAAACGUUUGCCCGAGUUGUAUCAAGAAGUUGCUGAUUAUUGCCUUCUGGAUGAUCCUGUCGUAGUGAAGGUUGAGUAA